UGGUGGAAAUCCCGCUUGUCCGUUCUCGUAAGCUUUGUUAUUACCUGUUAGCACAUGGUUAUGAAGUAGGCUAAAAGCAGUGAGUUACAAGUUACAUGCCGGCAAUUUCCAUAAUUUUCAGCUGUUCGUUUUGCAGUUUUGGUAAAGUUUCAAUAUCGAAGAGACGGUGAACACCUUUGCACAUGGCCGUUGUUUAUGCCCUCUGAUAUUAUUUAUCAAAGCGUGAAUAAUCAAAUACUAUUUGGCAAUUGAAUAAUCAAGUUUUUUGAUCAGCCAAUGCUGAUAGAUAAGCUUAGAUACAUGCAGACCACUUCAGAUAAAGUAAUGGAUAAAACUCAAAUAUCUAAUGAAAGGCAAUUUGUUGCUGAAGUAUCGGUGGAACCAAAGGGAAAUCUGACACCAGGAAAUAAACGUUAUCAUUGUACACAUGAAGGCUGCACAGCUGCUUUUGGUAAACCAUCAAGACUUGUGCAGCAUGAGAGAAUUCAUUCUGGUGAUAGGCCAUUUAAAUGUCAGCAGUGUGACCAAAGUUAUACAAGGGCAUUUCACCUAAAAAGACAUGUUUCAACUGCACAUGAGCAGUUGGCUGUUCAGAUCUUCUUGUGCCCUGUAGAAACCUGUAGAAAACAGUUUGUUUCAAGACAGAAAAUGGAGCUACACCACCAGAGUGUUCAUUCUGCACAUGCUCUUAAAUGUCCAUCAUGUGAAAAAACCUUUAAGAAGAACCAACAAUUGAAGAUCCAUCAAUAUCAGCACACAGGAAUUUUACCCUACCAGUCAUUGUCUUCCCAUAGAUGUGAAUAUGAAGGGUGUGGCAAACACUUUCUGUUGCCUAGUAGACUGAGAGCCCAUGCAAAAACCCAUAAGGGAUAUGUUUGUGAUGCAGAAGGAUGUGAUCAGCAUUUUCCUAUUUGGAGUGCAUUGAGAAAACAUAAACUUGAAGCCCAUGCCCAAAAACAUAUUUGCACAAUUUGUAAUUCAACAUUCAAAAGACCUGGUUUCUUGAAAUCACACCAGAAAAUGCAUCAAGCAACAAGAGAAGUUUUUCAUUGCCCUUUCGAAAGCUGUUUAAGGAAGUUCUAUUAUAAAAAUAAUCUCAAAUCUCAUAUUGAUAAUUACCACAAUCCUGGUCAGUUUCAAUGUAAACAAGAAGGAUGCGGCAAAGUCUUCAUUAGAAAGGCUAGUCUGGUAUCGCACGCUGCACGACACAAAUUGCCUACUGCAGGCACUAAAAGCGAGGAUACACGAGUGAUUCGUAAAUCUCCGAAAGUCCGUAGCGACAAAGGCCAGCCGAAGAAAGCCAUGGCUGCAAUCCUUUCAGGGCAAAAAAUUUCGAAUUCUGAAAGUAAGCUUGUUAUGAGAAGCUUGGAAUAGUACAACUACAAAGCUGGUUGAGAUUAUUUUACAUAUAAUGGAAGUCUCACGUAAAACAUAGUUUACUUUACUCAUCAGUGUGUCCCUACCGAGCUUCGCGCAUUGUUCAGCUGUUGUUUAUGUUUCAGUGGUAAUAAAUCGACAUUUGUACACAGAAA